AUGUCCAGAUCAAGUAAAAUACUAUCCCUGUGCCUGGAGCCCAACGGGCAGCAUAAUCAAGAAACGGAUGAAUCCACUUUUAUACCAAAACCUACUCAAAAAAAUAAUUUAGAAGCAAUGUAUGACAGCUUAAAUAAACAAAAUUAUUAUUUAAACGAGACUUCCGAAAAUAUUUCUAAUUUGCCGGUAGAAUAUAAUAAUGAAAACUUAGACCUUAUGCAAGAUUACACUGGGGGUGAAGAAACAGAUGAUUCUGUUAAAGAUCCCAAUUACUACACUGCUCGUAAAAAGAGUAAGAAAAAUAACGUCGUUCUGCAUCGCCGAUCAUCAUCAUCAUCAAGUUCUUCAUCGUCCAGCUCAAGUUCAUCUUCGUCCAGUUCCAAUUCAUCCUCAUCCAGCUCGCUAUCUUUGUUAUCUAGUGUAAGGCCAAGUGAAGACAUUCGCGAAGACCGCCAAACAACUUCACAAGAAUCUAAUUUAGACAGAACUAACCCCCAAGGACAAAAUGAGGUGACAGAAGAAAUUGUGCCCACUUCACGUAAGAAACGGCGUGCUGAAGGGCAAUGGAAGCAAAAUGUGACUAAAUUUCUGCGAAACUCAGGAUUGCCUUAUAAAACAAAAUCUGGGCGAAUUGUUCCUAAAAAAGUUAUUAAAAGAAGGUUGUGGCGAACGUUGUAG